CUACUUGGAGGUGAUCAGGAUCUGGCAGACCAGCAAUGGGAACACCCUCGAAUUGGGGUGGGGGUUAUCCACUGAGAGUUCCCUGUCACCUAUGCUGUUCUCUUAGGAGACGUCUUAACCUGAAAUGCUCUGUCUCUGAUUUCCCUGGGUUCAGAGCCCAGAGAAGAGGGUGUUCUCAGGGAGCUGCAGGUGGUUGAGCAAGAAGACAGAGGUUGGAGGAUAAAGUCCAGUUUCUUCAAGACAUAAUCUCAUGCAAGCACACAAAGGAUUUCCCCCCACACCUUCAGUUUUAUUGCUGGAAUUUUUCUAGCUGGGAGUUCCAAAUCUUCCACCCAGUUCCACCAGUCCCUUGCAGGCAGGAGAGAGAUGAGGAAGAGAGAAGAAUCAGUGGGGGAAAGGAGGGAAGUGUCAAGAGAGGAGAGAACUGCUGGGUUAGGCAGCAAGGUAGGCAGGGGAAGAGAAGUAGGCUUGCACUAAAGAGAGAUGCAUACCUAGAGCAAAAAAAGAGGCUGGGACAGCAAGAAAGAGGGAGGGGAGAGAGCUAGGGUAGGAGGCAGAGAGAGAUGAGGUGUGGAAGCAGCCUGGAAGGCUGAAGGCUGUACCCUGCCCGUCUGCACUUGCCUCCUGCUGUUUUUGAAGGUGGAUCAGAAAUUCUCAGGACACAUUCUCUUCCCCUCACUCCAGAACAAGUAAAUAGAAGAAAGAAGAAAGCAAAAUCACAAGCUGCUGCUGUGAGCUUUCAUUCCCUUCCUUCCCUUCCCUGCAUCGAAACGACGGAGUUGUGCUGUACAGAUCCUUCCAGUGCUGUGCUGCUCCAGCCCUGCUCCCUGGGAAAUAGAACAAGGGAAGGAGGGAGAGGAGGAGGCAGCUGAGCCCAGCAGCAGCGAGAAUGUGAAGCCUGAAGAAGCUUCUGCCCACUUUGUUCAGGAAGAAGAAUGGAGCUUCCCAAAGCUCUCAGGUGCCUGACCCUGCUGCUGAGUUUGUUACCCUGCCUCAGAUGUGUGGAGGCUCUCCUGGGAUCGCAGCCCAGCCAAAACCAUUUGCAGAGUGCAGGGUCCGGCUUGUGUGGCGUUGGGCCCCUCGGGUAUUACAAUGGCUCAUUGGCUGUCACUGAGUCUGGGUCAGAAUGUUUGAAUUGGGCAGAGUUCCCUGAUUAUGUCCAGCAGUACCCAGACCGGGGCUUAGGGAACCACAACUACUGCAGAAAUCCAGACAGGGGAGCCACACCUUGGUGCUUCUACCGGCUUGCUUCUGGAGCAAUUGGCUGGGCCAGUUGUGACUGUAACCAGGGUGCUGUGCGGCUGUCUGAAGGCGGCAGGGUGGAGCUAUACUUCAGCGGACUCUGGGGCACCAUCUGUGCUGACCGUUGGACAGACUGGGAUGCCAGUGUGGUCUGCAGGCAGCUGGGAGUCAGUGAGAUAGGCACAGCUGGGAAGAACAGCCAUGCUGCCUUGGGACCAGUUCCACUCCAUCUGCAGUCGGCAAACUGCCAUGGGGAUGAGAAGGCCCUGCUGCAGUGUGGCUACCAGGAAGCUACAUCCAGAGCCUGUAACCAGGGAAUCGCAGCAGCAGAGUGCGUUCCUCCUGCAGGUGCCGGGGCCCCGCUGCGGCUGGCUGGGGGAAAGGAGAGCUUUGAGGGGCGAGUGGAGGUCUACCAUGACGGCAGGUGGGGCACCAUCUGUGAUGACCAAUGGGACGACCGGGAUGCCGAGGUGGUUUGCAGGCAACUGGGGUUCAGUGGGACUCCAAAGGCCUUGUCGUGGGCUCACUACGGGCAGGGCUCUGGCCCAAUCCUGCUGGAUGAAGUGGAGUGCUCAGGGAACGAGCUGUCACUGGACCAGUGCAAGAAGAAUAACUGGGGACAGCAAAACUGUGAUCACAUUGAGGAUGCGGGAGUGUCCUGUGAUCCCUUCACAGAGGGCACGGUCAGGCUGGCAGGAGGCCGCACCCCCAGCGAAGGGAGAGUGGAGGUUUAUUACAGGGGAGACUGGGGCACGGUGUGUGAUGACGGCUGGACGGCUCUUAGUGCCCAGGUGGUCUGCAGGCAGCUGGGCUUCAGUGGCCCUGCCAGCCUGGCGUCUGAGGGGGAGUACACACCUGGCCAAGGCUUUAUCCUACUGGACGACAUGGCUUGUACAGGCACAGAGUUCUCUUUCCUGGACUGUCCCCACAGCAACUGGGGGCAGCAUGACUGCUCGCAUGCCGAAGAUGUGGGGGUCCGAUGCUCCCCUGAAACCAAUAAGAUCAUCGAAGACACUACUGGGCCCCCUGUGCGGCUGGCAGAUGGAGAGAGCACCAAGGAGGGGCGGGUAGAGGUGUUCCUGAAUGGGCAGUGGGGCAGUGUCUGCGACGAUGGCUGGACAGACAAGGAUGCAGUUGUGGUUUGCAGGCAGCUGGGUUACAGUGGCGCAGCAAAAGCCAGGACGAUGGCGUAUUUUGGGGAGGGGCACGGCCCCAUCCAUCUAGACAACGUGGAGUGCAGUGGCACAGAGCGCACACUGGGGGAAUGCGUCAAACCCGACAAUGAGAUUCACAACUGUUGGCACAGUGAAGAUGCUGGUGUGAUCUGCGACUAUAUGGAAGAGAAGGCCCAGGACACCAGAAACGCAGGCUCAGCAUCUGGCAUGUGUGGGAUGCACUUGCUUCACCGUCGCAAGAAAAGGAUAAUUGGUGGAAACAAGUCCCUCAGAGGUGGUUGGCCAUGGCAGGCCUCACUGCGGCUAAAGGGGUUUCACAGAGACACUCGUCUGCUGUGUGGCGCCACGCUCAUCCACAGCUGCUGGGUCGUGACUGCAGCGCACUGCUUCAAAAGGUUUGGCACUGAUGUGCGCCGCUACCUGCUGCGGGUAGGCGAUUACCAUACAGGCGUGAGGGAGGCGUUUGAGAGGGAGAUUCCCGUCGAGAGGAUCAUCCUUCACAGGAACUACCGGUCCAGCAGCAAUGACAAUGAUAUCGCCCUGGUCAGGAUGCGGGGCAGGGGUAGCCACUGCCUCUCCUUCAGUCGCCACGUCCUGCCCAUCUGCCUCCCUGACAGGAAGGAGAAGGCUGCCAUUAACAGGCAGGCCUGCAUUAUCUCUGGCUGGGGAGACACAGGGAAAUCCUAUUCAAGAACAUUGCUCCAGGGUGUGGUGCCCCUUCUCCCAAGAGAAGAUUGUGAGGCUCGUUACGGGGGCAAGUUUACUAACCAUAUGAUCUGUGCUGGAAACCUCUCUGAAGAUAAGCGGGUGGAUAGCUGCCAGGGUGACAGCGGUGGGCCACUCAUGUGUCAGAGGUCAACUGGACACUGGGUCAUUCUGGGGAUCAUUUCCUGGGGUUAUGGGUGUGGCCGGAAGGACUCCCCUGGAGUUUACACUAAGGUCAGCAAGUUUGUGCCCUGGAUCAAGAAAGUGACCAAGCUAUAAUGCAAGUCCCUGAGCUCCGAGAUCUUCAUCAUUUAAUCCCUCUUGCCCCUACAGAAUUAAAACUUUGGCCCACACUUGGGAACUGUAGCUUCCUUCUACCUCCACGGGGGCUGCUGCUUCUGUGUGUACCUGGCAGAGACUUGUUUUGUCCUUGAACACUGAGAAGAGACUUAACCACUGGGGGAAAUAAUUAUGCCUGUCUCUUGGAAGUCUUUGCUCUCAUCGUAGUCCCUAAUCUCUGAAGCAGGGAAGUGGAUAUGAGCUGGCAAGACAGACUGCUCCUGUAGCUAUCAGAAUCCUGUAGAAAAAUCAUACAUGUCCCUCUGCUCCCAGAUGGGGGGAUGGCUCUGUCAGUAUCACCUACAACUUUUGCAUGUUCACACAUUUUGGACUUGUCUACACUUGGAAUGCUAUAGCAGCACUGUUGCACCACUUCUGUGUAGACACUACGUACGCUGAUGGAAGGGGUUCUCCCAUCGCCGUAGGAAUCCACCUCCCCAAGAGGCGGUAGCGCUGUCUACACAGGGA